GGGCCCGCAGCGCCGGCGCUUAAGGAGCGCGGCGGGCACGGGUGGCGCGCGACGGGGGCAGGUGGGAGGACCUGAGCUGAAGCCAAGAUGUGGCAGUCCGUGUCUGUGCUGUGUGUCCUGGUGGCCUUUGCCAAUGCCCGGAGCAUUCCCUACUACCCACCCCUCUCCAGCGACUUGGUCAACCACAUAAACAAGCUCAACACCACCUGGAAGGCAGGGCACAACUUCCACAACACCGACAUGAGCUAUGUGAAGAAGCUCUGUGGCACCUUCCUGGGUGGGCCCAAGCUCCCCACCAGGGUGGAUUUUGCUGCAGAUAUAGACCUGCCAGAUAACUUCGACUCGCGGAAGCAGUGGCCCAACUGCCCGACCAUCAAUGAGAUAAGAGACCAGGGCUCCUGCGGCUCGUGCUGGGCCUUUGGUGCUGUAGAAGCCAUUUCAGACAGAAUCUGUGUUCAUACCAAUGCCAAGGUGAACGUGGAGGUCUCUGCAGAAGACUUGCUGUCAUGCUGUGGCUUUGAGUGUGGCAUGGGGUGCAAUGGUGGUUAUCCUUCUGGGGCAUGGAGGUACUGGACAGAGAGGGGCCUUGUGUCUGGGGGUCUCUACGACUCGCACGUAGGUUGCCGUCCCUACUCCAUCCCUCCUUGCGAGCACCACGUCAACGGCUCCCGGCCACCAUGCACGGGGGAAGGUGGGGACACCCCCAGGUGCCAGCGGCGCUGCGAACCAGGCUACUCGCCUUCCUACAAGGAGGACAAGCACUACGGCAUCACAUCUUAUGGUGUCCCUCAUAGCGAGAAGGAGAUCAUGGCUGAGAUCUACAAGAAUGGCCCAGUGGAAGGAGCCUUUAUUGUCUACGAGGACUUCCUCAUGUACAAGUCUGGGGUGUACCAGCACGUGUCUGGGGAGCAGGUUGGAGGCCACGCGAUCCGGAUCCUCGGAUGGGGGGUGGAAAACGGCACUCCUUACUGGCUGGCUGCGAACUCCUGGAAUACCGACUGGGGCGAUAAUGGUUUCUUCAAAAUCCUCCGGGGAGAGGACCACUGUGGCAUUGAGUCGGAGAUCGUGGCUGGCAUCCCCAGUACGAUGCAAUAUUGGAAGAAGAUGUAAAGUUCCUCUUGCACUGCUGUCGACUUGAUCAAAUCACAAAUAAUCCUGAGUCCCUGAUGCUUUUAACUGAUAGGUUGGGUGCAGAGCCCCCACUCUAAGAGACUAUAGUUGAGGUAACUUUAUUAAAGCUUUUAUCUUUUUUGUUUUGUUUUUUGUUUUUUUUUUUUUUUGUUUUUAAUUAUGGUGGAGCUGGAGGCAACUGAUAUUUGAGCUGUUCUCUGCAGGCCCCUUGCUUCUGGUGCUUGUGGAAUUGGGACAUCCCUGCUCAGAGGUGUUCCAUGUUUCAUGCCACGGUGUUUGGUUAGCUUGAAUUUCUUGAAUCCAGCCCAAUAUAGCAGAGGGAGCAGCAGCUCUGUGCUGGGGGUAGGGACUUGGCAGUAGGGCAGUGGAGACCAAAUCCCCUUGGGAAACUUCCAGGCACAACUUGUGCAUUCCUGGCUGGAGGGACCUCUUUGGUGCCUGCCCUGAGCAAAGAGGGCAUGUGGAGAGCAUGAUAAGUGGUUAAACCUACAUCUACUACUGACAAACUGACUUUCUUGACGUCACAGGCAGGAGAAGCUUUAGCUCCAGCCCCACAAGUCCCUUGUGAAUUGCUUGCUUGGCUCUGUAAACCACUUGUUUCUCAGCUGGUUUUUUCCCUGCUGCUGUAGCCUGGGGUUCUUGAGCUUAGGGAAGGGCCUGCCCAGAGCUCCCUGAGCCCUUGAUCAAAUGCCCUGCAGCACUGGGAUGUGUGCUGGGAAGGACUAGCAGUACCAUGCAGUCCAGCUCGGUGUGCUUUGGGUCACGGUGUUGGGAGGCUGCUGCAGCUGAAGGGAGUGGGGAGGGGUGUCCUGGACCUGCAAAUGCGGAGGCAGCAGAAGAGGGAUGCUCUGUAAACCUAGCUUGGGGGGUCCUGCAGAAGCUUAGAGGCAUCUUGCUGCCAUGUACAAAACUAAAGCUUUUUUGUUUGUUUUUAAAGCUGUGGGCAUUAAGGAAAAUUAUUUUUGUUACUGGGGGGGAGGUUUAGUAGCUGUGUAGGAGGAAUCUUGUGAUUUGCCAACACUAAUACAGCACAAUAGCUUUUAUGCACAAGGUAUGCUGCAGCAAGCCUGAAAUGGGUAAAGCAGGCCCUCCCUUUCACUGUAUAAAUAGCCCCUGACCUCUG